GCGGGAUGGGCGCCCUGUCGUUGCCCGCAGCUUGGCAGCUCUACCUCAAGAACCACCGCAUCGCCACCUUCACCAACUGGCCCUUCUUGGAGGACUGCGCCUGCACCCCGGAGCGGAUGGCCGAGGCGGGCUUCGUCCACUGCCCCACCGACAACGAGCCCGACUUGGCCCAGUGCUUCUUCUGCUUCAAGGAGCUGGAGGGCUGGGAGCCAGAUGACGACCCCCUACAGGAGCACAGAAGGCACUCGGCUCACUGCGCCUUCCUCUCCGUCAAGAAGCAGCUGGAAGAAUUAACCCUCAGCGAGUUUUUGAAACUGGACAAAGAAAGAGCCAAGAACAAAAUCGUAGGCGAAGGAGGCCGCCAGCAAGCAGAAGGAGUUCAAGGACGAUGCCCAGAAAGCCCGCGUGGCCAUCGAGCAGCUGGCCUCGGGGGAGUGAGCCGCCUCCUGGCCGGCCGUGCGGCCCCCCCGGUUCUGGGCCAGCAGCGCCUGUGGCGGGCAGCUGUGGCCUUCUGACAUUGGCUUCAAGUCUCCUCUUGCUUGAAGGCGGCCGCGGAGGCCUGUGCCGUGCUGCUGGUGACCACGGCCACCCCUCCUCCGGCCU